AUGAGUAAUUUUGUGUCUAACAAUUUGAAUGAGCACAAAAUCUCUUUUAUUCAAAGUAAAAAAGAUAAAAAAAAAAAUAAUGAGAAUAAUGAAAAAGAUAGAUAUAGAUAUGAAUUAAAUGAGCUAGAAUCUUCACAAAAAGAUAGCUUAAUUAUUGAAAAAAAAAAAAAAAAAAAGAAUGAAAAUAGUGUGAACGAUAAUGAUGAGUAUUAUAAAUAUGGAAAAGAAUUAGAUUCUUCAAAAUUUAAUUCUAUUGAUAAUAUACCUUUUAAUAAUGUAUGUUCUAAAUCUAUUGAAGAAAAAGAAAAAGAAGAAAAAAAAGAAAAAAAAGAAAAAAAAGAAAAAAAAGAAAAAAAAGAAAAAAAAGAUAAAGAAGAAAAAAAAAAUAAAAGGAAAGAAAAAAAAAAAAAGAAUAAGAAUAUAGAUAAUGAAAAGGACAUAAAAAAUCCAAUAAUUACACAAAAUAUAUUAGAAGUAGACAAAAUAAAUGAUAAAGAUAAAUUCAUAAAAAACGUUUCACAUAAUAAAGAUCAUUACAACAAUUAUGAUAAUAUAAUAUUAGAAUAUUCUAAAAAUGAAGAAAAUAAUAAUAGUAAAAUUAUAACUAAAGAGAGUGAAAACAAAAAGGGUAAUUUAAAAAAAAAAUUAAGCAAAAAAGAAAGAAAAAAAAAAACAAAUGAAAAUAAUAAUGAUAAUAUUAAUGAAAUAGGAAAAAAAGAUAGUGAUAUUAAUCAGAUAGAAAAAAUAGAUACUACAAUUUUAAAUGAAAAUGAAGUAGUGGGUAGCAAUAAAAAUGAAACACAGAAUGUGUAUAAUAACGAAAAUAAAGAGAAAAAAAAAAAAAAGUUAUCAUCUCCUUAUAUACAAAUGGAAAAUAGAAAUUUAAAAACUUUAGAGUGUUCUAAUAGAAAAGAUAGUGAAAAUAGUAUAUCAGGAAAUGAUUAUAAUAAGAACAAAAAAAAAAAAAAUAUAUUAUAUUGUGAAAAUAUUAAAAAAAAUAAAAAUACAAAAGACAAUAUAGUAGAAAUUUUAAUAAAUAAUUCAAGUGAACAUAUAAAUAGAAAAAAUAAAAAAUAUAUGGAAGACAAUUCUGAUAUGUCUAACAAUUUUGAACAAACAACGAAAAUAAAAAAUGAGGAAAAAAAAAAUAAUGGUUUGAAAUAUUACGGAGAUAAUUUAUACAAUGAAACUGUAGCAUUCGAUGAAAUGAAUAAAACAGUAAUUACAAAUGGAAGAAAACCUAAAGAAAAGAAGAAAAAAAAAAAAAAAGAUAAAACAAAUAAACUAGAUAAUCAAGGGAAAGAAAAAGAAAAAAAAAUAAAUAAGAUAUUGCAAAUAGAAGAAAAAAGAGAAGAAGAAAAUAAAGAAGAAGAAAAUAAAGAAGAAGUAAAUAAAGAAGAACAAAAUAAAGAAGGACAAAAUAAAGAACAAAAUAAAGAAGAACAAAAUAAAGAAGAAGAAAAUAAAGAAGAAGAAAAUAAAGAAGAAGAAAAUAAAGAAGAAAAUACAGAAGAACAUGAAAUAAAAGAGAAUGAAAAAAAAAUAAAUAAUGAAGAAAAAAAUGAAAUAGACCAAUAUAAAUUAAAAAAAAAAAAAAAUUUUGCAAGUAAAAAACUUGAAUGCCAUAAUAAAGAAAAUAUGGAAAAUUUAAAUAAAAAUUUAGAUAGAGAAUUUAUGUAUGAGAAAGAAAAUGAAAAAAUAUUAGAAAAUAAUAGUAAUAAAACAAAAGAAAUGAAUACAAAAACAACACUUGGUGUCAGUAAUUUACAUACUAUGUGUAAUACAAAAGAUAAUGUAAAGCAUUUGGGAACUUAUGAAAGCAAAGUGUGUAUUGUUAAUUCGUUUCAAAAUAUAUCUAGCAUCUCUUCCGAAAUUUAUGAUAAUAAUAAAGAUAGUUAUACCUGUGAAACAUUUAGCUAUGAUGUUAAAAAAUUAUUUGAUUUGUCACUGUAUCUUAAAAAUAACAUUAAAAAUUUUAGAAAUCUUCUAAAAGAACAGAAUUUAGAAAUUUAUGAAAGAAAAUGUAUUAAAGAAAUAAUAAUAUUUCAUAAGUUAAAACUGGAAUACUUAAAAAAAAGUAAAAAGAAAUUUACAGAAGAAAGAGAUUCACGGAAUAGUGAGCUUGAGGAUAAAAAAUUUGAACUAAAUGAUAGUUCAGAAGAAGAUAAAGAAGAAAUAAUUAAAAAUUUCGAAAAGUUUAAUAUAAUAUCAUUAGAAGAAUCAGAAGAAAAUCAUAAUAUUAUAUAUAAUAAUAAAAUUAGCAAAACAAGAAUAAAAAAAGGAAAAAAUAAUGAAACGGAUAAAGAUGAUAUAUCAAAAAAAGUUGAAGAAAAGGAGAAGACAUUAAAUUAUCGAAGCAAUACUAAAUUAUUUAAUAAUCAAAAUCUAGGAAUAAAUAAAAAUUCAAAUAGCUCUUUUGAUUAUUCUUCUUUCGACAAUGAUACAAUAAAUUAUAAAAAAAAUAUAAGCAAAUUAAAUACAUGUGAAAUUAAAAUAGAAGGAAAAGACAACAAUAAACUUAAAGAGGAAAUUGAAAAUAAAGAAAAAAUUGAAAUAAAUAAAGAAAAAAGAUCUAGUGAAAAUAUUUUUGAAGUAAUUUAUAAAUUUUACGCGGAACACCCUAAUGAUGAAAUUAUUAAAAAUAAUUAUGCAUAUACAAAUAAGACAAAUGAAGAUAGUAAAUUAAAAGGAAUGAAUUUAGAAUCAUUUUUAAAUUUUGCAAAACAUUACAAAAUAUUUAAAAGUUUACUUACAAAAAGUGAAUUAGAAAAAAUAUUUUUGAAUGAAACUAAAGGAAACACAUAUAUUCAAGAUAAACAUUUUAAAAAGGUUUUAAUGUUAUGUGCACAAAUAGCAUUUACAAAACCACCUCAUAAAGUUAACUUUACUGAUACUAAGAAAAUUUAUUUUUCUUUAAUUUCCUGGCUUUCUAAUAACUCACCAGAGGAUCAAAAAGAGAAAAUUUUAAAAGCAGCUGCAACAUUAGAUACAACAAAAGAAUAUAAUAGAAUAAUAGAAAAUCAAAACAAUAAUACUAAAAAAUUGACAGAUAACAAAAUAAAAAUGCUGAAAAGUAGGCAAUCUUCCAUUUAUAUUAAUGAUAAAGAUAAAAAAAAGUAA